GCGCCUUCUCGGGCCGCAAUGCUUUAGGCUCUCCGGGCCUUCCGGCCGGCUCCACCUUAGCCCACACGUUCUCUUCCUCCUAGAAUGGCUCCUCUGCCUCAAGCUCCUGCUGCGCCGGGCACUUUCGCCCCAUGUCAGUAUGGCCCACAGAGGCCUCCGUCCGACGCCCGGCGGGCUCGGCGCCGCUGCUAGGCGACGGCGCGGCCUCGCGGUGGGCGUGGGGCGCGGAGGCGUGGCGGAGGGCCGGCCGGCGGGGCGCCCCGGGAGGCCGGCGAGCCCGCGUGCUAGAAUGCUGCAGGGCUGUCAAUUGUCCUAAACCAUUUAUAGCUAUGGACUUGCCAGAUGAGACCCAGUGGGACGAAACCACUUGCGAGUUGGCUCUUUGUCAGCAUCCACAAUGCUGGGCAUCUUUCCGCCGGGUUGAAAGGGGCCAUCCUCGGAUUUUGAGCUCACCUUGCAAAACCCCUGUGGAUGCUGAAGAUAAACUCCCAGUGCUCACGGUGGUCAACAUUUCAGAUUCCUGCUUCCAGGCCAAGAGACUUGCUCAUCGUCCAUUAUCAGCAUCUGCCAUCACUAAGACACGUACUUUAUUGUCUCGGAAAUCAAAAUUUGACUCUAAAUUUCGAGGCAGGCCUCCUAAGGGUUUACCUGAUGGUUUGAGCAGCCUUACUAAGAGAUCUCCCAAAAUUUCAGUGUUGAAUUUGAAUGAAACAGAAAUUCCCUCCUCUAAAGAUGUUAGAAAUAUGGUUGUGGUCUGGGUCCCAGAAGAACAAGAGAAGCCUGUGAGCCAGUAUGAGAAAAAGAGAAGAAACAACUCGGCAAUGAACAAGUCCUCCCUGGGUCUGCCUGGAAAGCAGGGCACAAAAACACGGUUGAGAGCGCCAAAGAUCCUUGUGCCUCCACCUUCUCCAGUCCAUUUGUUGGAGCAUUUCAGUUCAGAAUCCAUAUCUCUGUGGGCCCAAAUUGGCAUGUUACCUCAGGAGCUGCUGGUGGACCUCCUUUUGGCAGAUGGAGGGAUAGACGUGCCUUGCCCAGAGAUGAAGAUCCAGUUGGCCUUGGUGAGGAAGACUCUUCCCCUGGAGAAGAGCCGGCCUGACAGCGCACUGUCUGCUAAGAUGUGUCUGACCACCCACCGCCUCACCCUGCAAAGACCAGCCUUGCGGUAUCCUGAACAUUGGAAGAAAUUACAGUAUAACCUGAAGAUAGAAGGUCUCAGGAAACAGCAGCGGUGCCAGCAGCAACGGAGGAAGGGGCCUCAAAAGAAAGCCAGAGGUGAUCCAGAGAGGCAGAAUUCUGCACAUCAACAUUCAGUUACCAUUGUCUGUGACCCUGUCUGUGGUAAGGAGGAAGCCAAUGUGAUGCCUCAAGAAGGUUUUGCCUUAUCCAGGAUGGGGAAUCACUUGCAAGCUGGGUUUCAAUUAGAAGCCCAACAAGAAGGCCACAGAACUGUGCCAGGUCAGGAAAGUAACAGAACAGCAGUAAUGGCAGAUGGAGGUAGAAGUAUCCGCUUCCAAACAGGUCCUGAACUGUCUGUCAUAGAACCUGCCUAUGAGAAUGAUAGUUCUGCACUGGAAGCUGCACCAGAAGUUGAAGCUGCACCAGAAGAUGAGAGUACCAUCCAACAGACCCUCAAGAAAUUUGCAGACAGUGUGACUGGAGUAAGCUGGAACCCUGAGCUGAAACUUCUAAGGAUUCUUCAGGGCAGUGAUGAUGAGGACGAUGAUACUCAAGUCUCUGGGGCCCAGAGUGAGGAGUCUCUGGAGGCAUGGGCUGAAAGCAUUACCGAGGCAGCCCUGUCCAGCGCAGGAUGGUCAGCAGCCCGAAGAUCGCGACCUUCGAGUUAAGGGAAGGAAAGGGGACAUCUGUUUUUUGCAGCCUUUACCAGGGCCAUUCUGUUGAUGUCGUUUGCUUCUUGCCUCUAAAAUACAUGAGGGGGAAGAAGCCCCACCCAUUUUAAACUUA